AUGGCGAGCUUCGCUUCACAAAUAUCUUUUCUUUUGUUGUUUCUGUUAUUUGCAACAACAUUCAACAGGGUGAUCAGUUGCGAUGAAAAUGAUGAAAGGCUGCUUUUAAUCUUCAAACAAGGAGUGGUUGGUCCAAACAACAAACUCCCUUCUUGGACUGCCGAAGAAGAUUGCUGUUUAUGGGAGGGAGUUCACUGCGACAACAUCACCGGAAGAGUCACAGAGCUUUCUCUUUCCUAUUAUGGUUUAGAAGUCAUAAAUGACCUUCACUGGCUUUCCCAACUUUCUUCUUUAAAAUAUCUUAACCUUAGUGACAUUGAUAUUGGAAACGAUACCAAAUGGCUCCAGCAUAUAGCCAUGCUUCCUUCACUGUCUGAGUUACACUUGAGUGGUUGUGGAUUAAGAGAUUUUCCUUCCCUUGAUUGUGCCAAUUUUACGUCACUUGAAGUUCUUGAUCUUUCUGGCAACUUUUAUACGGUGAAGUCAAAAUUACCUGAUUCAUUCUCUAAUAUCACCAAUCACAUCCAUGAGCUUGACCUUUAUGGUUGCAAUUUCUACGGACAAUUGCCGAAUUCUUUGCUCAAUCUUCAAAAUCUCAAGUAUUUAGAUUUAGGGUAUAAUAAUUUCGAAGGAUCAAUUCCAGAUUGGUUAGGCCAAUUUGAACAGUUGCAACACUUGGACAUCUAUCACAAUUUGUUCCAUGGCAUAAUUCCAUCAUCUAUUGGGAAUAUUUCUUCCUUGUUCCACUUAGACUUGUCCUACAAUCAAUUGAACGGGGAUCUUCCAGAAACCUUGGGACAACUCCAUAAAUUAGAUCAUUUAGACAUCAGUGGCAAUCUGUGGAUAGGUGUUCUUUCUGAAAUGAAUUUUGCCAAUCUCUCAAAUUCAACAUCAUUGGACUUAAGCUCAACAAGUUUUGAAUUUGACUUUGAUCCUAAAUGGGUCCCACCAUUUCAACUUGACACGUUGCAUUUGAGGAACACAAGCAUAGGUCCUAAUGUAUAUUUUGGAGCUUUGUAG